GUGAUCGUUGGAGUUCUCUUACAAGAUGGAUUUAUUAAGAGGUGUGGCACAAGAAGGCGACUCUGAGAAGACUACUUGCAGUGAUCUCAAUGGUGGGGUCGGUCAAUCAAGAAACUUGCCAUUGAAUUACAUUCCCAUUGGUAACCCCGAAGAAGAGGAGGGAUACUCUCUGCCAACGGUAGGAGAAAACGUUAACGAUCCAAGACCAUGGAGUGGGUUCUUGUCUGAUCCGAGCAUGAACUACCCUUUGUUUUCGGGUGGAUUGUAUUACCAACUGCCCUUUCCAGUGGUGGGUUUCCCAUUGGUGAGUUGUUCACCACCAUCAUCAUCACCAUCAUCUCUGAUGGGAUCCUCCUCCAAGGAUCCUACUCCAAGGAGCCCCCUUCAAACCAAGUCACCAGAUCAGAAAGCUGGUAAGAAGAGGCCAUAUCCAUUCUUCGACUCAGUCAUAUCAGAUUCCAAAGAGGCAAAACGGAUGCACAGGUCAGGUCCAGACAGUGGUUUGGUUUUGUUUGGUUUGGACAAUGUGGCUGAAAUACACAAGUUCGGUUUUUGCUAUGAAGUCAUAAGCUUUAACUUCUCUGUUGCAGAGACGGUGUUUCGAGCUCAACUUCAGCUUCAGAAUCGAAUGUAAA